GGGCAGGAAAGGACAAAACUGACCGGACUUUGCUGGCCGGAGCCACUUUUUGGAGCUCCCGGCCAGAACGAUGGAGUGUCUCAUCCGGCCGGCCACCAGCGACGAUUGUGAGCUUCUCAUGAGCUUCAUAAAGGAAAUUGCGGAAUAUCAUAAUUUAUUGCACGAGGUCUCGAUUAGCGCCGAAGAUCUGAGAGCAGAUGGCUUUGGCCAAGAUCCCUUCUUCAAAUGCCUCAUGGCUGAACUGCCCCCCGAAAACCCCUCCAAGCCAGGGCGCCCGAUCGGCUACGCCUUGUACUACAAGGGAUACUGCGUCAACCACGGAAAGAUGGUCUAUUUGGAAAAUGUAUACGUGGUGCCGGAAUUUCGGGAUAAAGGAAUCGGAAAGCAGUUGCUGGCGAAACUUGCCGAAGUGGCGCUGGCUGCCGGUUGCACCGGGAUGAAAUUCAGCACCAUGGAGAGCAACCAGCGAGCAAAGAAGUUGUACCUGCAGCUCGGAGCCCAAGAUACCACGGAGUCCUUGUCCUGGCACUGCAUGGAGUUUAACAAAGAGGGGCUGCAGAGGCUCGUCCAGGGCGGGCGGGCAUCGUGAGUGCACCCCAGGCCGACUCAGGAGGAGGAGGAACAGCACUAAUGCCAAGAUCAGAAAAACUUCUCAGGUUUAGCAACUUUUAAAAUCUCUGGACUUUAGCUCCCAGGAUUCCCCAGCCAGAAUUCACGGACUUCAACUCCCAGAAUUCCUCAGACAGCAUAUGUGGACUUUAAUUCCCAGAAUUCCUCAGCCAUCAUGUCUGGACUUCAACUCACAGAAUUCCCCAAUCAGCAUUUGUGGACUUCAACUCCCAGAAUUCCCCAACCAGCAUUUGUGGACUUCAACUCCCAGAAUUCCCCAACCAGCAUUUGUGGACUUUAAUUCCUAGAAUUCCUCAGCCAUCAUGCUUGGACUUCAACUCCCAGAAUUCCCCAACCAGCAUUUGUGGACUUCAACUCCCAGAAUUCCCAGCCAGCAUUUGUGGACUCAACACCCAGAAUUCUCCAGACAGAAGGUUUGAACUUCAACUCCCAGAAUUCCUCAGCCAUCAUGUCUGGACUUCAACUCCCAGAAUUCCCCAACCAGCAUUUGUGGACUUGGACACCCAGAAUUCCCUAGGCAGCAUGCUGGACUUCAACUCCCAGAAUCCCCCAGUUAGCAAUGACAAACACAGCUCUUUUCCCCCCAACCCAACAUUUAAUACGGUAUUUCACCCGAAUAAAAGACUAAUAAUUCCUCCCCCACUCCCAAAAUUAGCGUAUCUUUAAAACAAGAAGGGUCACUUCUAUUUUCUGCUUUUUAAUAAAAUCUCUGAAUCAGGAAAAAAUGG